UAGAAGCUUAAUGUUAAGUUGACAAGAAUGUCAAAAGCAUCAACAUUGUAAUAUUGUUAUAUUUUUGUUUACUUAAGAGUAUCAAAAUUUAAUUUAAAAACAAUUUUUAAAGGAAAAAGUCAAAAUGGGCAGUACUGACAGAGCUGUGAUAACUGGUUUUAUUUGCAGAUUGUGUAGUAAAAUGAAUCGAUUUGUAAUUCACAUAUACGGUGAAGAAGGAGAAAGAAUGAAACUAGCUGAUAAAAUUAACGCUUACUUACCAAUCACGGUGAAUAUAAACGAUCAGCUGCCAAAAACUGCAUGUCUACAUUGUAUAGAAAGAUUAGAAGCACAUCACGAGUUAAUGGAACAAUUUAUGGUUGCAAAGCAGAGGCUUAAUAAAUCAAAUUCCUUACCCUCUUCAUCAGUGACGAAAACAACUGAAACAAGCACUUCGGCUAGUUCAUCUCCAUGUUGACGCAAUGAAUCUUUCUAUACAUAUAUAUAUAUAUAUUUAAUUAGCAAUAAAAAUUAAUUGAUAUAAAGCUAAAGAAAAAAAAAACCAAUGCUUUAAAUCUUGGCAAUUUUUGAAUUAUUGUACAAUCAAUUUUUCAAACACUAAUCUUUAAAUAUUAUUUUUUUAUUUUCUAUAUAUAAAUUUUAUUUCAAGUAUUAUUUACUUUAAAUUAAACUGAAAGUGUUGAUUUUAAUUGUAUAUCAAUUUUUAAUACAUUUUUUUUCUUUUUCAGAGAUUGUAAAAAAGAAAUAAAUAAUGUACACACAAACUAUAUAUAAUAACUAAAUUACACUAUAUGUUUAAUAAAUAAAAAUUGUAACAAAUUUU